AUGGGAACUUGGAACACCACGUUCAUCACAGAGUUCAUCCUCCUUGGUUUUGCUGGCCACCCCCAACUGGAGAAGGUCCUCUUUGUGAUCAUGUCCCUGGUCUACUUGGUGACCCUCUUUGGGAAUGGCUCCAUACUGGCCCUGACUUGCCUCGGGGAUCUCUCACACCUCGAUUCCCACCUCCAGACCCCUAUGUACUUCUUCCUCAGCAACCUGGCCGUCUUGAACAUCUGUUACACGUCGGCAGUGGUCCCCAAGAUGCUCAUCAACUUCUUGGUGGAGAGGAAGUCCAUUUCUUAUAACUUCUGUACUGCGCAGGUGUACAUCACGCUUUUCCUGGGGGCGGCGGAGUGCAUUCUGCUCAUGGUGAUGGCGUUUGACCGGUAUGUCGCUAUAUGCCACCCUCUUCAUUACCCGACGACGAUGAACAAGGCCACCUGUGUCUCCCUGGCUGUCGGAGCGUGGAUUAGCAGCUUCCUAUUUUCAGUGGCCCCUUCUUUUGCGGUGAAGCGAUCCCUGUGCAACUCCAUCGUAGACCACUUGUUCUGCGAGGCCCCGAUCCUGUUUCAGCUGGCCUGCCCUGGGCAGGAUCUCUCAAAGAAUGAGGUCAUGAUGGUCGCGGGCAGCGUGCUCACUUUGCUUCUCCCGUUUGUCUUGAUCCUGCUGUCCUACGUUCGCAUCGUCGUGGCUGUCCUGAGGAUUUCCUCUGCCGACGGGAAGCGGAAAGCCUUUUCUACUUGCUCAGCCCACAUCACUGUGGUGACCAUCUACUAUGGGAGCGGCAUGUUUACAUACAUGAGGCCUCAGACUGGCAACUCGGCCGAGAAGGAUAAGUUGAUUUCUCUCUUCUAUUCGGUGAUAAACCCCAUGCUGAACCCCAUUAUAUACAGCCUGAGGAAUAAGGAUGUCAAAGAAGCCUUCCUAAAAGUGCUGGGGAGAACCAAGGGGUCUCAAUAA